AUGGGAGAUGAAAUCUCGGCUACCACCAAUUACAAUCGCAAAAUGAGUGCAACAGAAAUGUCCUUAGCAGCUACUACAAAUUCUGCUGUUCCAUUUGCAACUGCGUUUAUUGCUAGGAACAACACCAAUGACACUACAGCAGCAGUAGAAGAUACAGCAACAACUAGUGUAUCACGCGCAGCAAUAACCAGCAGUGAUGAAGAGAAAAAUGUUGAAAUAUUUUCAUUAGUAUGGUUAGAUAAAGAUGUUUCAAAUACAACGGAAGAGAAUUUAGAAACACAAAAAAAAUUAAUGCAAAUAAUUAAUUUUUUUAAAAAAUUUAAUGAUAUUAGCUCAUCUGAACAGUAUAACGGAAGACGAAGACAAUUGGAAGAGGACGAGAAAAUUAUUUUCAUUGUCUCUGGCGGUAGUUAUGCUAAAGAAAUUGUACCACGUAUUUAUGAUCUACCACAAAUCAUUGCAAUUUAUACUUACUGUCGAGACAAAGUGGUAAAUGAAGAAGAAGAAGAAUAG